UAGUUCCGGGGAAGAACAUGGAAGACGAGAAGCCGUUCCAGGAAACAGGGAACCCGGACUGGAUGUCCUGUCUGCCUGAGGAGCUGCAGGAUGUCCCUCUGUGGGACCUGGCUUUACCUGGGAGCCACGACAGCAUGUCUUUCUGCCUGGAUGUCUCUUCUCCAGUCCUGAGAUCACAGCCCUGCAUCCUCAGAGCCACAGACAGGCUGUUUCCCUGCUGGACUCGACCCUGUGUCUCCAGCUGGGCCACCACACAGCAAUCGGUCCUCAGUGAUCAGUGUGAACUUGGUGUUCGUUUCUUGGACCUGCGGAUCGCCAGGAAGCCAUCAGGUGGCAACAAAUUGUUCUUCGCACACGGCAUCUACACACUGAUGACUGUGAAGGAGGCUCUGGAUGAACUGGCUAACUGGUUGGACGCUCAUCCAAAAGAGAUUUUAAUUAUUUCCUGCUCGCAUUUUGAAUCGCUGACCGAUGAAGAUCACUUCCACCUUGCAGAGUUCAUCAUCACACUGUUUGGGAAGAAACUCUGCCCCCCACAGGACAUUCCCACUCUGCGUUCCUGUUGGUCCAGAGGUCAGCAGGUCGUUGUUUCCUAUGGCAACCAGCAGAUGGUGCUGCAGCACCCUGAGCUGUGGACUGGAAUACCUUACUGGUAUGCCGACAGCCCUGAUCCUAAUAAGGUGAUUGCCUACCUGGAGGACCAGAAGCACAGAGGAAGACCAGCUGGUUUCUACGUCAGCGGUCUGAACCUGACAGAAGACGCUCCUUACGUCCUCCUCCAUCCCCUCCAGGGCAUGAAGAAGAUGACGAUGAGGGCUCUUUCUCUGCUGCUCCACUGGGCGAGCGAGCAGCUGCCGGGCAGAGAGGCAGGCCGGGUCAACAUCCUCUGCUGCGACUUUGUGGCCGUCAGUCAGUUCUGCUCGCUUGUGAUUGGACUAAAUUACAAACUACUGGGUGCUCAUCCUCCUCCCGUCUGAAGGAUGCCACAAACUCCCACAGAUGGCAUUGGCUGUUGUCGUAGCAACCAGACUGGAGAGCCAACAUAGAAAGACAAAUCGGAAAAACUUUUUUGCACUAUUUUCUUUGUAUUAUUUUCAGAUUGUACAUAUUGUUUUUACCAAUGUUUUGGAAUUUUAUACACUUUUUUUUGCUUUGCACACUGUUUAAAACAUACACUUUUAUAUUUAUUAUUUUUGGAGCUCUCUAUGUGUAAAAGUAUAAUGUAAUCACAUUGUUUCGUUUGCAAAACUUUCAUGUCCCUGAGGGGGCUUAAGGCAGCAGUCAAUAAUAAUAUAUGCAAAAAGAAAGCAAUAAAAAAAAAAAAGCAAUAAAUGAACAAACGAACAAAACACAAACAUCACUGUUUCUAAUGUAAAUGUAAAAGUAUAAAUAUUUUACGGUCUGCUCAAUAAUUUGUGUGUGUAUUAACAUGUUUGGCCAUAAUAGGAUUGUUGAUACAGAAUUAU